AUGGGACGUUCUUCUUCCGGUGGAGGAAUGGGACAUGUGACUCCUCAGAAAGUCACGAGCAACUCGAGUUCAACAGUUGUGAAACAUCUAUUUUCAACAAAAGAUGAAAACGAUGGAAAGGCAAGAUUGUUGUACAAAGAUGCCGACUAUAUCCAAGCUUCUGGAAUGAAAUGUUCCAAAGACAUGGUGAAAUCAAUUCAAGAUGGAAAGUCGAUUGACUUCAUUGCAAUUGCUCCAAGAUUGAACGCUCCAACUCAAACUGAAGCUGUUGCAAGAGAAACAGAGAUGGCCCAAAACAAGAUUCUCUAUUCUGCAAAGCUCGACAAGAACAUGCGAAGAUCAGCCUACUUUGAGACAAACAAGAGAACCGUCAAAUCAAACAUCAUGCUGAAGUUUGUGACAAAGGCGAUGGAUAUCAAGCUUCAAGGUGAAGCCGAUUUCACGACUACUCUUGAAGAUCCAAUCACACCUUUGAAACGUAUUGAACGAUUCAUGAAGAAGAGUGCUGAUGCUGAGUAUGACUUCUUGGAUUUCUGGGAAGCAAAUCAAAAGUUCUUUGCUAUGAAGCAAGGAACAACGGAAAACUUGAUGCAUUUCAAGGAACAAUUUUUGAGACAGGCUGAAGUCCUACAAGAUCUAUAUGGCAUUGCCUGGUUCGGAAAUUUUGCAGUCAAGACAAAAGCGUAUGCUGCUAUUGCUAGCACCGAUACUGCUGCUCAAGACAAGUUCAAGGAUGAUAUCUUUGAAGCCGUUCUUGCAACAGGAUUUCUGUGCAACUGCAAUCAAAGGAGAACAGCUCCUCUGAUGCUGGAUCUUCAGACAAACUAUUGCAGAGAAGUGGAUUAUUAUCCAAAGACGGUCAGCAAAGCACAAGAUAUAAUGAAGAUUCACAUGGAUGUGAUUAAAAAUCCGGGAGUGAACCUCUACCAAGGAAAAGAUCAACCUAAGAAAGACAGACUGCUACCAAAGACCCAAUGGAAGAAUCAGGAUCAAUAUGUUGACUAUGGGAAGAAGCUCAAUCUUAAUCAGAUUGGAGCAACUGUCCCAGCUACUGUUCCAGCUAUAGUUCCUGGAGCUUCAGCAUCCACAAGUGGAGCAUCAAUUGUUGUGGGAAGCGUCAACACACCAUUGCGACUUGCUGGUACUACAGGUAAUCAGAUGAUGCAAGUUCCUUUGGGAAUGCAGCUCAUGCAGAUUCCAACUCAAGGUGGCGGCACUGUUACUGUCCCUUAUUCUAUGAAUGCUAACGGUGAGAUUGCGUUUGGUGGAAUGCAACUCAGCCAACAAGGCUUCGGUGGUGCUCAAGUGCACCAAGGAUUCAAUGCAACUCAAGCUCGAACUCUGCAAGCUGUGAAGACUGGCUAUUACGAUACGUCAAAUGUCUUUCACAAUGCUAUCAAGGGAAAAGAUGAGAAUGGCAAUGAUGUCUAUCUUAUUCCAUGGCCUGCUGGGACGACAAAUGUCAAACUUCAAGCCAACUGGCACUAUGCUAGUGAAGAUGAAGAUGUGCCUGAUCUUGCUACUGAAGCAGAUCGAGGUCUGCAGUUUAUUGAAAGCCGCAGAAAUGAAAGAGAUCCAUUUGGGUUGUACGAUCAUGUCAUCAUGGACAGUGGUUGUACAAACACCACCAUUUGUAAUGGUGAGCUCAUGCAUGGACUCCGUCAUGCUGAGAAAGAACUUGACAUGCACACUAAAGUGGGCAGCAGAGUUCUCGACGAAGAAGGUUUUCUAGGAAGAUUUCCACCUCCAGUUUAUCACGAUGAAGAUGGAAUUGCCAAUGUACUUACUAUGCGCGAGAUGAUUGCUGCGGGAUACCGCAUUACUAUGGAUACUGAUACUGACAAUGCUUUUAUUGUACAUUGUGAUGGAAACAGAAAGAUGCGAUUUGUGAAUCGUAAGGGUGUAUAUGUGUUGGUGCAACUUGGAGCGAAUGUCAAACAAGGUGCCAAAGAGACAAGUGCAAUGUACCGUCGCCAGUUAAGCAACUUAAAUAAUCAACCCCAUUUUGAACUUUCUUCAAACAAACAGAAUGGAUAUGCUGGACUCAAGAUGACCUCCAAGAUGGCAACCGUUCAAAAGAACAAGGAUGGAUUCACUCCAAGACAAGUCAUAGCUGCAAUGGAAGCGAGAAGUGCGAUGCACAUACUCAAUGCUUCAAGCAGAGUAGCUCUUGCACGAUUACCCUACAAAGUCCCAAAGGUGAUCACUGAAUGUCUUGGACGUCGAGCCGCCGAGCUAUUGAAUGUCUUUCCCCAGAAAGACAGUAUCUCAUCACAUUUCAGUCCACAGCAACUCAUUGAUAAUGUCAGUAUCAACUACAAGAGUGACAUGGUUGCUGAACUUGGACAAUAUGUUCAUGCAAUUGGGACGGAUUCCAGCAAUUUGAUGGAACCCCAAAGUAUCAAAGCGAUUUACAUUGAACCUACGAAGGGACAACGUACUGGGCACCGAGUGCUCAACCUCAAUACUAAGAAGAUGAUUUCCCAACCCAAGGUCGUUGUACUACCCGUUACCAACCAAGUAAUCCAGCGUAUUGAAGCUUGGGAUACUGCCAAAGGUGUUACUUCCAUGAAGUUCUUUGAUAAGAAGAGAGAUUUGGAGACAUUUCAAGAUGGCGAUCAAGUUGCAGGAGUGGAUGACACGGAACAAGGUUACUUAGAAGAAGCCUUUGAUCAGGACUAUGAACCUGAAGAUGAAGAUGAACGUGAUUUCAAUCUACAUGGACAAUUCAAUGAUAUUGAUGACUCCGAAAGAGAAGAGCUCUUGGCAGAUGCAGACAAUAAUGUUGAUGAUAUGCCAGAACUCACUGUCAGAUUCAAAGGAGAUGAUGACUAUGAAUCAGAUGACGAUUUGGGUGAUGAAGGCAAUGAAGAGGAAAAACCUAUUGUGGCCGAUUUGGAUCACCAUCAAGAAAAUGUUGAGAGAGGAAUCAAUGAUAUUGGGAGCCUCGUUACUGAUCUGGAGGACUUACAAGAGCCGCCAGAAGAAGAGAUUGUAUUCGUUCUGGGCAAACGUAUGCGCAAGCUGCAAUGUCUGGGCUGA